AUGGGCGUGUUUCAAAUUUACUCUUAACAUGCUAAUUAACUUUUUUUUAAAUUCUAGUCCUGAAGAGUAAUUGGGAAAUAACAUUUAAAUAAGCAUAAAUUAGUACAGAAGGCUGAUUCAAACAUUAUUUUUAAAGGUUGGUUCAGUGGUAGAGUCUCCUUACUUCAAUCCUCAACAUCUCAGGUGAGCCUGGGAAGAUCCCACUUGGAGUGGACCUUGGGGCUCUUUGGCAGUGGGCACCCUGAGCAAGGCCACAAUUUGGCGCCCCCAAAUGGAUCUUCUCAGUCAGGGAUCUUCUCAACUGUGUGCCCCCUUGGCUUGGGGCCCUGUAUGGGGGAACCUCCCACACCGCCCUCAAUCUAUUGGUGUUGCCAAUACCAAUGGUCAGCUUAGGUAUAAGGCAGCUGCUCUCUGUGGGAUCAUCCCCACUCUUUUUCUCCCAAAAUCUCUUCCAUUUGUCCCGUCAGGUUCCCUGGAAAACCCACUGUUUACCGCUGAAUCGGAACAAUUGUCAGUUUGCAGAAAACCUCACUGAUGUUUGCUUUGAUUCAGCAGUAGACUGGGACCAUGACUGUCAUCUAGUCCAACCCCCUGCAAUGCAGGAAUCCCAGCUAAUGUAUCAAUGACAGAUGACCAACCUCUGCUUGAAAACCUCCAAGGAAGGAGAGUCCACCACCUCUCGUGAGAGUCUGUUCCACUGCUGAACAGCUCUUGCUGUCAGAAAGCUUUUCUGAAUGUUUAGUUGGAAUCUUCUUUCUUGCAACUUGAAGCCAUUGGUUUGAGUCCAACCGUCCAGAGCAGGAGAAAACAAGCAUGCACCCUCUUCCAUAUGGCAGCCCUUCAGGUAUUUGAAGAUGGCUCUCAUAUCUCCUCUCAAUCUCCUCUUCUUCAGGCUAAAUAUACCCACCUCCUUCAACCAUUUCUCAAGAGAAUUGGUUUCCAGACCCUUGAUUAUCUUGGUCACCUUCCUCUACACACCUUCCAGCUUGUCAACAUCCUUCUUAAAUUGUGAUGCCCAGAAUUGGACCCAGUAUUCCAGAUGUGGUCUGACCAAGGAAGAAUAGAGUGGGACUAUGACUUCUCUUGACUGGGACACUAGAGACUUCUGUUGAUGCAGCUUAGAAUAGCAUUAGCUUUUUUUGCUGUUGCAUCACACUGUUUACUCAUGUUCAGCUUGUGGUCCAUCAAGACACUAGAUCCUUUUCACAUGUACUGCUAGUAAGCCAGGUGUCCCCCAUCCUAUAUUUGGGCAUCUGGUUCUUCCUGCCCAAGUGCAGAACCUUACUACAUUUGUCCCUAUUGAAAUUCGUUUUGUUAGCUUGCACCCAGUUCUCCAAUCUGUUAAAGUAAUUUUGAAUUCUGAUUUUGUUUUCUGCAGCAUUAGCUACCCCUCCCUUCUUUUUAAGCUCCCCCCCCUUGUUGUUGCCAUUUCUGUGUAAAUCUAUCCUUUGGGAGGUGUAUGCAAAUAUGAGCCACAGUGGCGUUUUGUGCCUGUUUGGCAAGGCCAGGCCCCCAUUUGCAUGGCCCCUGGCUGGGCUGAGCGGAGCUCCACUUCUUCCACAAUGAACAUAUUUGGGAAGAAUAAGACUCCGUGAGCAACCUUUUAUUGACUUGUGGCUUAUACUCAACUGCAAGCAGAAAAGUGGGCUUAGAAUCAUAGAGCCAUAGAAUCGUAGAAUGGCAGAGUUGGAAGCAUAGGUGUAGCCAGGAAUUGUGUUGGGGGCAGAACUGAGCUAUCUGCCACGUGAUUGGUCACUUAGUGACGUAUUUUUAUUUAUUUACUUGAUGGGGGGGGGGGAGCUCUUACCAUCAGAAACUUUUCCCUCACAUUUAGUCAGAAUCUCCUUUCAUGUAAUUUGAAUCCAUUUGUUUGGGUCCCACUCUGCAGCAGCAAAAAACCCAAGCUUAUUCUAUUCAGUAUGGCAGUCCUUCAGAUAUUUGAAUAAGGUUAUGAUAUCACUUCUCUUAUCCAUGCUAAGCAAACCCAGCUCCCUCAACCAUUCCCCACAAGGCUUGGUUUCCAGACCCUUGAUCAUCUUAGUCAUCCUCCUCUGCACACCUUACAGCUUGUCAAUAUCCUUCUUAAACUGUAGUGUUCAGAACUGGGCACAAUAUUCCAGGUGUGGUCUGACCAAGGAAGAAUAGAGUGGGACUAUGGCUUUCCUUGCUUUGGACAUUAUACUUCUGUUGUUGCAGCCCAGAAUUGCAUUAGCAUUUUUUGCUGCUGCAAUCACACUGAUGACUCAUGUUAAACCUGUGGUCCACCAAAACCCCUAGAUUCUUUUCACAUGUACUACAGGCAAUCCAGGUGUCCCCCAUCUUACAUUUGUGCAUCUGGUUCUUCCUCCCUAAGUGACAUUUGUCCCUAUUGAAAUUCAUUUUAUUAGUUUUGACUCAGUUCUUUACUUUGGUAAGAUCCUCUUGAACCUGGUUCUAUCUUAGCUAGGUAUUAGCUACCCCUCCUAGUUUAGUGUCAUCUUCAAAUCUGAUGAAAUCUUAAUUCCUUCAUUCAAGUCAUAUCCAAAGAUACUGAGCAACACUGGGCCUCUGGCACCCCAUUUGUCCUUUUUUCCUCUUCAUCCCUUAUUCUACUAUCACCAGGUUGGGCACUGUUUUCCUUUAGGAAGAAGACAGAGGCAGGUACAGGUUGAACAGUUCUGCCUUCUCUCUGUCAUCCAACAGCGUUUCUCUGUCUUCUCCAUGCAGAGGGGCUGCCACUUGCUUGCUCUUCCUCUUGCUUCAAACAUAGUCGAAGAAACCUUUUUAUUAUCUGGAACCUCCUUGCAAGCUUGAGCUUGUUCUGAGUUUUAGCCCAACCUGACCUUCACCCUGCAAGUGUUGGCUACUCAUUAUAUUCUUCCUUCGUGAUUUGCCCCUUCUUCCAUUCCUUACACAUGCCUCUUUUAAAUCUCAGCUCAUCUGCAAGCUCCUUAUGCAGUCACACUGUUGUUUUUUAGAUGUCUCCCACUUUUCUUUCUUGUAAGAAAUGUUUGCAAUUUUGCCUUCAUUAUCUCACCUUUAAGAAACUCCAUCCAUCACCGACUCCCUUCUCUUUGAGUUUUCAGAUCAUGGGAUUUCACCCAGUAAUUCCUUAAUCAUUUUGAAAUCAGCUUUCUUAAAGUGCAGUAUGUGUGUCCAGCUACACUCAGCUUUUCCUUUCCUCUGUCCAGUGGUACCUCGUGUUACAUACGCUUCAGGUUACAGACUCCGCUAACCCAGAAAUAGUGCUUCAGGUUAAGAACUUUGCUUCAGGAUGAGAACAGAAAUCGUGCUCUGGUGACGCGGCAGCAGCAGGAGGCCCCAUUAGCUAAAGUGGUGCUUCAGGUGAAGAACAGUUUCAGGUUAAGUACGGACCUCCGGAACGAAUUAAGUACUUAACCCGAGGUACCACUGUAUAAUGAAUCCCAAGAGGACAUGGUCACUUUCUCCCAAGGUUCCCACUACUUCCACCUGAUUGAUCAGUUCUUAGCUGUUAAUAAGGUCCAAAAUAGUUGACCCCCUUGCUGCUUCUUCCACCUUCUGGGAAAUGAAAUAGUGACUGGAGGCUUCACUCUUCAGUGUGUGGAAUAAGGGUUAAGGUAUAAUUGUGAUAAAGAGAUUGGUAUUCUUGUCCUCUUUUCCCCCUUCUUCUUUUCUUUUUCUUUUCUCUCUUUUUUCUUCUCUUCUUUUGUUUCUUUGCUAUCUUUCUCUCUUAGAUCAGCCUGGCUUUUGUUGUAUUUUAUCUUAAAAACUUUAAAUAGAAAUUGAUUCUUAAGAAAAACACAUUGUCCAUCCCCAGAGGAUUAUACAAGGCACAGAGGUUCUUCCAUAGACAGUUUGCUGGGGAAAGGAGGAGGCUCCUGAGGGAAGACUAUGCUAAUGCACUGCUACAGAGCGUCUCUAGCAGAUACUUGUUCAGUCCUUUUUGGACGCAACUACCCAGGGCCAAGUGGAAGAGGAACAGGGAGAUUGCCAUCUUAGCUCAUGAAGCUUCUGAAUGUCUAAUUUUGUUCCUGCCCUUCUUAAAAGGUCCAGAGUCCCACCUGUGCCUCCCAAGCGACCAGGUAAGCAGUGGAGUACAUUACACAGGGAUGCCUGUGUUGCGUUCAUCACAAAGAAGUGGGGUGUGUGUGUCCCCUUUUAACUCUCAUCCCCUUAACAAGCUUCAGCUCCCAGAAAUCUUUGGGGAAGCCAUGGCUGUGUAAAGGGGUAUCAUAAUGCUUUAAACAUUUGGUGCAAAUGUGACCUUAGAAUAUAAGGAAGCCUCCAAAACUCCUUUAUUGCGGUGUCCUUAAGUCCCUGGGCACAAGGCCAUCAGCCCCUUUGGGCUCAGCUGCCCAGUUAUGCUUUGAGUGGUGUUUUCCAAAGCCUUGAGAGACUGAAUCUGUUUAUUAAUAUGAAAGUUUUAAAUGGUGUCUUAAGAUGCUUGUUGAUUUUGUUGCUGAUGUCUGUUUUUUUGGGAAACACUUUGCGGGAAGUUUUGAUAAAAACAUGGCUGAGCCAAAGCCCUUUGUGUGUUUCAGAGAAACAGCUGCAGGGGGUUCCCAGUGAUACUCAAGAGGAGGAGGAAGACGAUCUGUAUACAUAUGAAGUCCCCCCAAGUAAAGGGCAGAGCAAGCAAAUGGUUCCAGCGCUUGCUGAGAACAUAUAUCUUGUUCCCUCUCAGGUUGUCUCUCUGUCCUUAGAUCGCCCGGCCUUGAGGCGCUUCUCUGAGCCACACAACCUCCUCCAGCCCAAGUCCCUUCCGUUCCUGUCCAAGCCUGGAGCAGAUGCUGACGACUCCAGUGACGGGACGUUCAACUUCCUGGCCAUAGAAAGAGCUCUACAAAAAGGGAUGAUGAAGCAGUCUGUGCCGCUGCCUCUUCCUCUCUCAGCCCGACGGGGGUCUCUGCCAGUCCUGGGUCCCUCUGGGCCCCAAGCGAAAGCUCUCACCAGCAGAGAUCCUUUACCAGCCCUGAAAGAUGAUGAGGAGGAGACCCAAGAGGAAUCGAUCUAUGUGGAAUGUGAGCCCAGAACAGCCUCUGUGUCCCGCAAAGUGCUUCCUUGUCCAACCCCAGUGCCUCCUGUCCAGCCUCUGAAGCAAGCCAGGCCAGCAACCACUCCAUCAGGACCCCAGAAGGCCUUUGCGGAAAACCUGUGCAAAGCUGUGUGUCUGAAGAGUGGAUCUGUGCCAGAGGAUUUUUGCAUGCAAAACAAGGCCUGGUAUGCAGGGAGCUGUGACCGACAUACGGCUGAGGCUGCCCUCCUCCGGUUUAAUAAGGACAGUGCCUACCUGGUGAGGCAGAGCUCACGGCACGGCUGGAACCAGCCAUUCACUUUGGCUGUGCUCUUCAAGAAGCACGUCUACAACAUCCCCAUCCGCUACUUAGAGAGCAGUCAUCAAUACACGCUUGGCAAGGAUGGCAGGAGCCACGAAGAGCUCUUUGACAGCGUUUCCAGCAUCAUCCAAAGCUACAGCGAGCGCCCCUUGGUGCUGGUUGAUGGCAGCACUUCUGCCAAGGAACAGACUUGCUUGCUGUUUCCAGUGAAGCCAUGACUUUGGGGCCUGGGGAGUAGGACCAGCUAUGGGGGAAGAUGGGACGUCCGUCCUGACCUCAGGCACGAACGGCUUCAUUUGCCUGGCUGGACCAACACAAGGCCAAAGGAUCAGUGUGGCACCCUGGCAUUCUGCAAAAGGUUCUUGUGAAUCAUUCUUCAAUAUUCCUCAGUAGCCUUCUUCUGGCAAACAGCAGUGCAUCUGCAAAUAUAUUCCACUGGUACUGAAACGGCAAAGCAAGGGAACUUGUGGGCUGGUGGGAUGGAAGGGAGAGUUUAGCAGGGAUUCCCACCUAAGGCACCAGUCCUGCUGUUGGGUGGUUUUAUUUGUUACAAAAUUGAAAUGUUGCACCCAGUUAAUAACACUGUUGCACAGCACUCCAAUCUCUGAGCAAUGUGAGAUUCCAGGGGUUCCAGGCGCUUCUCCAGGGCUUGGUUCCCUCGGAAUGAGGGGCAGCGGAGACUGUGGCAUCUUUAGGAUAUGUGGCUUAUGUACACAUAUGUGCCUACGAUGAGCCUACGAUGGAAGGGCUCACAGAA